CUACGACAACAACCACCAGCGAAACCUUCCCACUUUCCCCCACCCCUUUCAACACUUAAGCAACAUGUCUGGACGCGGCAAAGGUGGCAAGGGCCUCGGCAAGGGUGGUGCUAAGCGUCAUCGCAAGAUCCUUCGCGACAACAUCCAGGGUAUCACCAAGCCCGCAAUUCGCCGUCUCGCCCGUCGUGGUGGUGUUAAGCGUAUCUCCGGCCUCAUUUACGAGGAGACCCGUGGUGUUCUGAAGAUCUUCCUCGAGAACGUCAUCCGUGACUCAGUCACCUACUGCGAGCACGCAAAGAGGAAGACCGUCACCGCCCUCGACGUUGUCUACGCCCUCAAGCGCUCGGGUCGCACACUCUACGGUUUCGGCCAGUAGAUAUCGUUUUCCCUCCCUCCUUGUGCCUUUGUGGUCAUAUGUACUCUAUUGUAAUCGCACACUAUUUCUUCUAAUACAGAGAUGAAAAC